AUGGUACUUAAACUUGGAACGCUCAAUGUUGGAUCACUGACUGGCCGCAGCAUGGAAAUCGCAGAAAUGCUCGAGCGUAGAAGGAUUGACAUCUGCUGCCUUCAAAAGACCCGAUGGAAAUCGAAUGGUUUCUGUCAUAUCAACUCAGACAAUGAAAAAUAUAAACUAUUUUGGAAUGGUCAAAAGACGGCCAAAAAUGGUGUUGGAAUUUUUGUCAAAGAACCGUUAGCCCAAGAAGUACUGUAUAUUAAAAGGAUUAAUUCACGUUUCACGUUGGAGAGAAAACAGAUGGUACAGCUAGCAGCAGGCAUUAUCAGAGUUUCCGCUAUUGGCCUGUGCAACUCGAAUUGCCACUAA